CUUCGAAUGAAGUCCCGAGCACUCAAACUAUCUUCAAGGUGAUUAUUGGACGACAAACUUCCUCGUCCGAUUCGAUCAACAUGACUACGGCGCCGCCCAUCGUAGGGGGCCUCCUCCAGGCUAUCAACCACGAUUACACGAUAUGGGUCAUCGGCUCGAUCCUCUUUGUCUCUGCAUUGUACUGGUGGUCGACUCAAACCGACAUCCCAAAGAUCAAGGGCAUCCCUGAAAUUCCAGGCGCUUUGCCUGUUGUCGGCCAUCUCAACGCACUGGGUCCAGAUCAUGCUACCGUCUGUGAGGGCUGGUGGCGCAAGUAUCGUCAAUCAGUCUUUCAAAUCCGCCUAGGAAACACUCGAGCGGUUGUUGUCAGCUCUUUCGAAGACGGCAAGAAGAUGCUUAUCGGAAACCAAACCGCUGUGAUUGACCGUCCGACUCUCUACACUUUCCACGGCGUCAUUUCUUCCACCCAAGGUUUCACUAUCGGAUCCAGUCCGUGGGACGACUCGUGCAAGAACAAACGCAAGGCUGCCGGUCAAGCCCUCGGACGACCAGCCAUGCGAGGAUACCACGACAUGUUUGAUCUUGAGUCGUACUGCAUCCUCCGGGACAUUUUCCGCGACAGCAAGAACGGCGAGCUCGAGACUAGCGUUCGACCGUAUAUCCAGCGCUAUGCUCUGAACACCACUUUGACGCUCUGCUACGGCAUUCGUAUGGACAACGUGUACGAUGAAAUGCUUCGAGAAAUCCUGCACGUCGGCUCUGCCAUCUCUCUUCUCCGUUCUGCAUCCGAGAACUACCAAGACUAUGUCCCAAUCCUACGCUACUUCCCCAACAAUGAGAAAAACCGACGCUCCAAAGAACUUCGUGACCGACGUGACAAGUACUUGAACUUCCUUCUCGACAAAGUGCGAGACAUGAUCAAGAAGGGCACCGAUAAACCUUGCAUUAGCGCCGCGAUCCUCAAAGACCAAGAGACCAAGUUGACCGGCGUCGAAGUCUCCUCUAUCUGUCUCUCGCUUGUCUCUGGUGGUUUCGAGACCAUUCCCGGCACUCUGACAUCGUGCAUUGGCUCUCUGUGCACAAAGGAAGGCCAGGUCUUCCAGGACCGCGCGUACGAAGACAUCAUGCGAUACCACGAAGAUUUGAACUCCGUAUGGGCAAACAGUUUCCAGGAUGAGAAGGUGCCGUACGUCAACGCUAUCAUCAAGGAGGCCGCGCGCUACUACACGGUCAGCGCUAUGUCGCUGCCCCGAAAGACUGUAACGGAAGUCGACUGGAACGGUGCCAAGAUCCCGGCGAAGACCAUGAUCCUGAUCAACGCUCAAGCAGCCAACCACGACGUUGACCACUUCGGACCUGAUGGCAGCGUGUUCAACCCUGAGAGAUGGUUGAACGACGAGUUUGUGAUGAAACCGUCCACGACUGUGCCGGAAGAGAAGCCUGCCGCAGGUAUUCAACAUUUCUCGUUCGGUGCUGGGGCAAGAGCAUGUUCAGGACAGUUCAUUGCGACCCGACUAUUGUACACAGCUCUGAUCAGAUUACUGUCGUGCUACAAGAUCGUGGCGAGCGAGACGGAGCCACCGAACACAGAUUAUGUGGACUACAACCAGUUCAAGUCAGCAUUGGUGGCGAUCCCGAGGGAUUUCAAGGUCAAGUUGAUCCCCAGACACGAGGAGAGCGUGAUCAAGGAAGUCAUGGCCCAGGCAGCGGACCGGACCAAAGGCUACUAUGCUGAACAGGAGUAAAUGGUCAUCGAAUUGGAUUACAUAGCUUGCUGGUGUUGGGAGUACCGUUUUGUGCUUGAAAGCAUCGUUACCGACCAUGUUGACGACCAUAGCGAAAUACCACAGAUUACCACAUCAUGCUUAUUUUACUGUAUCAUGCUUCACUCUCGCCCUACUUAGCAGAGCCGAAGGGUGACUGCCACCCCAGGUAGCUUCGGACCAUCGUAGCCACGCAAGUCUUUUCGAUCUUGCCGUCUCAUCCAGC